GAUUGCGGGGAAGUGAAACCCAUGAGAUCAGGAUGAGGACACUCCCUAUUGCUUGCUUUCAACCACCAUAGUCGAGCUUUCUCCGUAGUACUCCUAUUCGCUAGUAAAUAUGGACACAGAACGACCCGUUGCAGCUACACUAACCAUCGUGGAGGUUGAGGCCGUGUCUAAACCCAUCAACCCCCUUCUCGCCAAGUAUCUCGUUCAGCUUGCUUUGCAUCCGCUGCGAACGAAAGCAAUUACGUUGGGGGUCCUACAGCUGCUUCAGGAAGUCCUCGCCACACAUCUCGCUGGUGUUCCAUCACGUCCUGUGCCCAAGGAUGCCCCACUAUACGCUAAGGCUCUCUCGCGAGCCAAGAUUGACUCUAAAGCCCUGAAGAUGGCUGCAUACGGAUUCUUCGUCUCUGCUCCCCUAGGUCAUCUCCUUGUAGGCUUGCUUCAGAAGGCAUUCGAAGGCAAGACUAGUGUCAGUGCAAAGAUUGGCCAAAUUGUUGCAAGCAACCUCAUUGUUGCGCCGAUACAAAUUUCUGUGUAUCUCGCGUCCAUGGCUGUGAUAAAUGGCGCGAAGACUAAGGAAGACGUCCUACGCACAGUAAAGGGCGGUUUCAUGCAUGUCAUGAGACUCACCUGGAUGACUUCCCCAUUGACCUUAGUGUUCGCUCAGAGGUAUCUCUCACCUGAGCUAUGGGUUCCUUUCUUCAACUUCGUGCAGUUCGUCCUGGGUACCUACUUCAAUACCCAGCUCAAGAAAGCCCGACUUGCAGCGGAGGCAAAGAAGAAUCAGAAGAAGAGGGAAGAGGAAGAAGACAAGAGCGAGUGAAAGACAGGAUUGGAUUCAAUAUGCCAUGUCACAGACACUCUCGAUCGACUUAUCUCCUUUGUAUGGAUGUAUAUCUGUAAUAAUAGUAUAUGAUAUCGCACGGGACCUGGAAUUGUAUCUCAUUUUUAGGGUAUCCAUUCAAGAUGAUACGUCCACUACAGUUACACAACUAAUCCCCGCCUGCGGGACUUGUUCG